AUGCGGCGCUCAAUCUUUAGAGCUGCCGGCGUCCCUGCAAAGGCUCGUGCUACAAGACGCUGGCUGUCGGAUAGCAAACCUGAAGCAUCUGCCCGAAGUCGAUUCGAUCGAUUCAUGGAACGAACUCCUCGUUUCCUCCGACCGACAGUCACAGGAUUACGAAAUGCCCCGGUAUCCCAUAUGACGGCAUUCAUCAUUCUUCAUGAAUUGACGGCGGUCAUUCCGUUGUUUGGCCUCGCAGGGGCAUUUCACUACUGGCGUUGGCUUCCCCCAUAUUUCGCUGAGGGGGAGUGGAUCUCUGCCGGCGUUGAGAAAUUUGGCCGAUAUUUUCGAAAGAAAGGCUGGAUUAGCGAAAGGGACGAGAAAGAGGUCGAAAGUAUGGAGGAACCAAGAACUUCACAACUCAAACAAGGCAUGUCAAAAUGGUUCAACCGCGGGGAAGACGCUACCAGAUGGGUUGUGGAAUUCGCGACCGCCUAUGCGAUGGUCAAGGUGUUGCUGCCUGUCCGCAUCGUCGCCAGUGUAUGGGGUUCUCCAUGGUGUGCCCGAUUCGCUGUCAUCCCCGUGGGCAAUGCCACCAAAGCCGUCUUCCGAUCACUCCUGGCUUGGGUCGGCUCGAGGUCAUGA